AUGACCAACUAUGGCGACUCAGCACACAAUACUGUAGCGAGUAAUAUGGCUAAUGGUAAAGUUAUGGAAUCACCCAUCGACGAGAUUACAAAGCUGUUGGCUCGUGAUAAAAAGGUCAAAGUGGCCGGCAUCGACUGCGAUGGCAUACUCCGCGGCAAGAUUAUCCACAAGAGCAAGUUCUUGUCCAGCCUUGAGUCUGGGUUCGGUAUGAGUUCGGCCAUCUUUGGCUGGGACAUGCACGAUGUUCUCUACACCCAAGAGACGAGCUUGACGAGCGCCGACAGCGGCUACCAAGACUUCACGGCUGUGAUCGACCUGAAUUCUUUCAGGCGAUUACCCUUCGAAGAUAACAUAGCCUUCUUUCUUCUUCGCUUCUAUAUCCAUGAGAAGCCCGUAUUUGCUGAUGGCCGCGGGAUGGUAAAAGCCUUGACAGACAACUUGGUCGACUCUGGUUACAGAGCGCUGGCCGGUGUUGAGCUAGAAUUCAUGAACUUUCAGACACCGUCACAGGAUGGCUACGGCAGCUCGACCGACCAUCCGAACCUCGCAGCAUUCCUCGCCCACAACGCCCCCAAGGCCCUUCGUCCUGUGACAGCUGGCGCGUUUGGCUACAGCGCGACAAGGCCUAUAAUGGCCAAGCAAUACUUCCACGACAUCUUCGACCAGAGUCUAGAGGUUGACUGUCCAGUCGAGGGCUGGCACACCGAAAGCGGGCCAUGCGUCUACGAAGCGGCCCUAGCUGUUUCACAGGUGUCAAAAAUGGCUGACAACGUUGCCUUAUUCAAGCUAGUUUGCAAAUCGGUCGGCGUCCAACACAAUAUCACACCAUGCUUCAUGGCGAAGCCUAUUCACGGCCUGCCUGGAAAUUCUGGUCACAUACACGUCUCUCUAACAACAAGUGAUGGGAAGAACGCCUUUGUUCAAGAGACGCCCGAUAUCGACGCCCGCUGGCCCGAUAUGGCCUACCUCUCUGACACAGGCCGCUAUUUCCUAGCUGGCAUUAUCAGUGCUCUGCCUGACAUUAUGCCUCUGCUUGCACCCAAUGUCAACUCUUAUAAGCGUUUGGUCGAGAACUACUGGGCACCUGUAUCGGUGAGCUGGGGCUUCGAGGAUCGUCUCGCCUCUAUCCGUCUCGUAGCACCGCCCAGCUGCAAGCCCUCGGCGACGCGUUUUGAGAUCCGCGUUCCUGGCGCUGAUAUCCACCCGCACUAUGCUCUCAGCGCCAUCUUCUACGCGGGGCUGCGUGGCAUCAAGAACAAGAUGCAGAUCACUACCCCUCCAGAGUCGGCGCGCCCUAAAGAAAUUCCUGCCGAGCGGCUCCCCAACACCCUCGAGGCGGCUCUCGAGCGUUUCAGUGCCAAGGACUCGGUGGCUAGACAGAUCUUGGGCGACGACUUUGUUGACUUUUUCACAGUUUCGCGAUGCCAUGAGUUGAGGCAGUGGAGAGAAGCUGUCACGGAUUGGUAA